AAUAUAACCUUAAUCUCUUUUGUCGUCUGGUUUCCUCAGUAUCAAUAAGUGCAAAAUGAACUUCCUGUGCAUGGCGACACACAGCUCCUUCAUGCUAAUGAGACUGUUUAUCAAGUAAGCCGACUUUAAUAAGUAGCCUAAUAAGUCUGUUUUCAGACUUUGCUAAUGGGCGCUGUGUGUGUGUGUGUGUGUGUGUGUGUGUUAGUUAGAGGUGUGUUAUAGUGAACACGGGCGAUUUGCUGCAGCUGAUGGGGGUAAAAAACCCAGCCUAAUCUCCUCUCUGCGUUAAUCUAUCUCCCCCCAUUAGAGUCGUGUCACACCGAGCGCUUUACAAAUAACACACCCCAUUAAGAUUCAUUUCAGCAACACACACCUUCAUAACCUGUAGAGGUAAACACCAGCAGGCGCACGAGUGCGUAAAUAGAGACGACUGCAAUAUACUUCCUGUAGUUUAGUUCAUUUAGAUCUGGAGCUGUUUUUAACUUCAGUAAGGGGGAUUUUAUUGUUUCAGAAUAAAGCUUUAAAGUGAUACUACACGCACCUUUUUAGGUUAAAGAUACUGUACCAAAGGUACUAAAGGUGUACCAUUAAAGGUACCAGCGACAAGGAACGCUCCGGAGUUUAGUAACUUCUUCUUUUGAGUAAUUUCCACUUUAAAAUACCGGAAAUAAUUUAUUAUUUAUUAUGUUUACCAAAGCAAAAUUGAUAUAUAUAUCUACAACCAGAGUACUUUCUCUACCUUUUUUUUUUUUUAAAGGUGCAAAAUAUGCACAUUUCCAAGUCAAAAAGAGCUUAACAAGGAAAGGUACACUUUACUACCAGGAAUUGUGUCAUCUUUAUUUUUUAUUUUUUAAAUGAGCUAAACAGAUGGUAAACGCGCAAAUAAAAUAACGCGCAAUAACCAAAUUAAAAAUAAUUCUUAAAAUAUUCGAAUUCGUUCUAUUUCUACGGACUGUUCGAGCGCGUGCUCGGGUAAUCUGCACUUGUGAAACGUUUCGCCAAAUUAAUUCUACACCGAAAUCCUAAACGAGUCGAUUAAACGACGUAAAAACGAUUAAAGCGACAAGAACUCCGACGAACCGGUACAUUUAAAACACUCAAAGUUUGCAACAUCCCUAAUCGCUCUAAAUUAUUAAUUUCCUCAAAUGUUUGGUGCGCAAAUACCAAAUCAUUACCAAUCACCUGCAUAAUCGAAUUAUCCGCCCUCAAUACACAGGCUUGUUUCCACACCUUGCGAUGUUUGCGCAUGCUUGUGCUAAACCCCAAAAACCCAAAUCCGGAAUGUCCAGCCUGUGCAGAAAGUCGGCGGUGUUUUUUUCUUUUUCUUUUUUUUUUUUUUUUUAUCCCUCGGGCGGAUAUGCAAAAAAGGAAAACUCCUUCUCUGACGUCAGAGGGGUAUAAAAAAGGCCAAAAGGGGAAAAUUCAACUGGAGCGCAAAACACGAGCCUGUAAACAGACUCACACACACACACACUCAUACACACAGUGCUGCUUUGGAUUUUUUAUUUUUUUAAAUUCAGCAACUAUGAGGAGAUCUAUCGGAGACUGAUUUCGGAUCCGUAAACUUUCCCGACUUUAGGCGCUCUUCGUGCUCCCGGUCUUUAUUUUUCCUCCCGGUGCUCUGCGUGAUGCCCGCUGGCAUGUUCAGCAUCGACAGUAUCCUGGCCGGUAGAGCUGGCAGAGCUGGCCGAAGUGCCCGAGCAGGCUGUAAGGACUCUCUCCUGCUCAGUGGGGAUGAAGGGCCGAUCCUCUUCCCCGGGUUGUCGGAAUCACUGGCAGCCGCGGCUCCUGAUUACAGCGGAGUGUAUUCAGCCCGGAUACCGGCUUACAGCUCCUACUGCUACGGCGCGAGCGCGGCACCGAGCUGCUGCCCAGGAUCCUUACCGAGUCAGUGUCCGUGCAUGCCAACAGUGUACGACAGUCCUGGCUCGGUGCUGAUGUCUCCGGUUCCUCCUCCUCACAUGAUGUCCUACAUGUCCAUGUCCCCUCUGGCCCCUCUGACCCCCCUGAGCUCGGUGUCGCGCGCGGAGCUGCAGCUCCUCAAUCAGCUGCACUGCAGGAGGAAGCGGCGGCACCGCACGAUCUUCACCGACGAGCAGCUCGAAGCGCUCGAGGGCCUUUUUCAGGAGACUAAAUACCCGGAUGUGGGCACUAGGGAGCAGCUGGCCCGAAAGGUGCACCUGCGCGAGGAGAAAGUGGAGGUUUGGUUCAAAAACAGACGAGCGAAAUGGAGAAGGCAGAAACGAUCAUCCUCGGAGGAAUCAGAAAGCACACAGAAAUGGAACAAAUCCGCUAAAGGCGCGACUGCAGAGAAAACAGAGGAGAGCAAGAGCGACGCGGACUCGGACAGCUGAUAAACACACACACACACACACACACACACACACACACACACACACAUUUAUAAUGUCUUAAUAUAAUCACCGAUCGGACUUGUACAUAAUGUAAAAUAAUGUCGUGUGAAACUGAAAACGUAAUGUUAUGUUUUCAUGCUGUUGCACAGAUGUAUAGUAAAUGUGACUUUAGCAUUGAUUAUUGUUAUUUAUAUUAAUUUAAUGUUUUGUUAAACAGCAGACAAAAUAUAGCCUACCGUGGUCUGGUCAUAUGAAUAUUAAAUAUUACUAUCACGUGAAA